CGUAUUCGAGCGCGCCGGGCCGCGUGGAGACCGUUCGGCGAAUGGAGGUCAGCGAGGGUGAUCGCUGCACCGGUCUCGUGUCAUGGAGAGCCCGGGUUGCUGAGCAGAACAAGACUGGGCAGAAUUGUUGAAACAUGAAUAUGUAACAUGUUCUCGAAGAAGGUCGCGUUUUCCAGAACUUGAAAAAAGGACCUUGGAAUCGCUUGCUAGGAGUCUUCCUCCCUCUCCCCGCUCCCACCAUCAUGGCGGUCCGCCUGAUGAAGCAGUGUGCGUGCCUGAUGAGGGAAGCUACCCGUCUAGUCCCCGCCAUUGCUCCAGUUGGCCGACUGAGACUUGCCGGGGUGGCCUGUAAGCAUUUGACCUCCUCAGUCAGUUCCCCCUCCUCGGGUUCCUUGACGGAGCUGCUGGGAAAAGAGCAAGUGUUUACGCCCUACCCAGAGCACCAAGAGGUGGAAGGCCUCAUUGAGAAAGCCACCAGGCCGGAGGAACUGCUACAGCUGCAGGGUGGGGGUCAUCGCCUGCACCACAACCAUGCGGCCCUCAUACUUAUCCGGCUCUCUUACCUGCUGUCUGAGAAGCCGAAGGAGAAGGCUUUGCUUUUAGAGGAUGCUCGCUUUCAGCAGCUUGUCAGUCGGGUCAACAGUCAGAUAACUUCGAUCUGGCAUGGGACCCUUGUGAAGCUGCUGCGGAGCCUGUACAUGCUCAUGCUUCCUCAGACCUCGAAGGAGCUGCAGUCGGUGGAACAGGAAGUGCGCUGGCGGCUGCGGAGGCUCAAGUACAAGCACUUGGCCCACCUGGCUGAGUCCUGUGCCUCCUUCAUGCAACAGCAGCAGCACUCGCAGGAGCUGCUGGCUGAGCUGCUGAUGCAUCUGGAGAGGCGCUGGACAGAGAUCAGCGACAGCCGCACAGUAGUGACCAUGAUGAUGAAGGCAGGACACCUGUCAGAGUCACUGAUGAACCGCCUAGAAGACAAGUGCCUGGAGCUGGUGGAGCAGUUCGGCCCUGAUGAGCUACGGAAAGUGCUGGUGACGCUGGCAGCACAGAGCCGGCGGUCGGUGCCCCUGCUGCGGGCCAUCUCCUACCACCUGGUACAGAAGCCCUUCUCACUGACGAAAGGCAUGCUCCUGGACCUGGCCUACGCCUACGGUAAACUCAAUUUCCACCAAACCCAAGUGUCCCAGCGCCUAGCUGCUGAUCUCCUGCCCUUCAUUCCCAGCAUGACAUUUGGCGAGGUGUCCCGUUGUGCCAAGUCCUUUGCCUUCCUCAAAUGGCUCAACCUGCCCUUGUUUGAAGCCUUUACUCAGCACCUGCUGAGCAAAGCCCAGGACGUCUCCCUGUCCCACCUGUCCAGCAUUCUUCUCGCUUUUGCCCGUCUGAACUUCCAUCCUGAGCAGGAGGAUCAGUUCUUCACCUUGUGCCUGUUGCAGAGCAUCACACGGGAUUUGAGGCCUUGGGUCCCUGCUGGUGGGCAGAUAUGGGUGCAUGAGAAGCUGGACUCCGUGCUGGGGAGCCUGGAGCCAGCCCUGCAGGUGGACCUGGUAUGGGCACUGUGUGUGCUGCAGCAGGUUCGAGAAUCGGAGCUGCAAACAGUUCUCAAUCCUGGACUUCACCAACAAUUUCUAGAGAGCAAGUCUCCAAAGGAGCAGAGCACCUUCCAGAAGUUGGUCCACAUCAACACCACCGCCCUGCUGGAGCACCCUGAAUAUAAAGGCCCUUUCCUGCCAGCCUCAGCUGUAGCCCUCAGUCCCUCGUCCUCUACCAAGAUGACACCGCUACAGAAGGAGCUGCAGGAGACACUGAAGGCACUGCUGGGGGGCACUGACCAGGGCAGCCUGGACGUGGUCACCCAGUAUGGCUGGGUACUGGAUGCAGAGGUGCUCCUGGAUGCCGAUGGCCACUUUCUGCCCCUGAGAGAUUUUGUUGCUCCUCACCUUGCCCAGCCAGUAGGAAACCGGCCACUGCCCCCAGGAGCUAAAAGGAUCGCUUUCCUGCGCUGGGAGUUCCCUAACUUCAACAGCCGAAGCAAGGAUCUGUUGGGCCGUUUUGUCCUGGCUCGUCGACAUGUACUGGCUGCAGGCUUCCUAGUAGUAGAUGUCCCAUAUUAUGAAUGGCUGGAUCUCAAGUCUGAAUGGCAGAAAGGCGCCUACCUCAAGGACAAGAUACGAAAAGCAGUGGCUGAGGAGUUAGCCAAAUGACCUUUCCCAUUGCUUCAGGCUGCAUCCCAGAGACCUGACUGCUCAGUGGCCCAGCAGUGAGUGCUGGCAAGCCAGAGUUGUCACCCUGAAGAAUGAACUGUCUCUAUAGGACCUUGGCCAGAGCAAUGGGAUGGCCAGCAGCUCCAGGGAACAGGUGGACCUAAGAAAUCUGUGGUUUUGCUGGAUGCCAGGUAUCCUCCUAGGCUCUUUAUCCGUCUCCUCUAUCCCUGCCCCCCUCCAUUUUGGACACACAGACCCUAGCUCCUUCCCUAGCCCUCCAGGAUUCUACCCAUUGUGCUCUCCUCCCCCAGCUCCCCAAUAAUGUCUGUGUGGUGCAGCACAGCAGAGGGCUGACUUGGGAAACAAAACCUGGGUCCUGGACACGUGGACUCCAGGAAUGAGGAGCUUCCCUGGAACCCCACUAGACUAAUGGUCCUGAGAGGUUCCCUCCGUGCCCAUGUGACUACAGAGUAGCUAAUGGUAACUGCUGGUCUGGGAGCAUUUGGAAAAGAGAAAAGUUCACUUGGCUGACAUUACAAGGUUCGUGGCCAGACCAUCACUCUGAUGGCAGCCUUAACCAUAUAGACAAGUCAGGAACCACCAGCUCAAGAUGGCAGCCUAAGCACUUGUUGGAUAGCAGCAGAGUAUCUACCUUUACAGGAGACCCCCAUGGACAAGGCUUGCCCAAAGGGGAGUCUGAAGACGAAGGAGGUUCUUGUCCUACUCUGCAUUCCUUCCAAAGCACCAGUCCUCACCCUCUGUGUGGCUUAGACUUCUGUUGUCCUGCACAAGCCUGCUGGUCACCACAGGUGAAGGGGAAGCAGGUGGCUGCAGGAAAGGAACAGCUGGCCACAGCUUGUCUGAGUUGGGGCUGCUUGUUGGUGUUGAAAAAAUAAAGAUCCAUGCUGCUUA